AUGUCUCCAUCAAGGGUCUUCGAGGGCAAGCUCGCCAUCAUCACUGGCGCAUCGCGCAGCUUCGGUGCUGCCCUCGCAGCACACUUCGCCUCCCGCGGCGCAAACGUCGUGAUCAACUAUGCAACCUCAUCCUCCGACACCCGCGCCCGCGACCUUGCAAAGAAACUCUCCUCAGAGUACAAUAUCACCGCCAUUCCCAUCCGCGCCGAUCUCUUCGAUCCCUCUGCGCCGCAACAACUCAUCGAUGCCGCAAAAUCCCACUUCAGCAAAAACGGCUCCUUCCAAAUUGACAUCCUAAUUAACAACGCCGCCAUCGUCAACGCCCAGCCCAUCCAAGAUCUCGAUAUCGAUCUGUUCCAGCAAACAUUCGACCUCAACGUCCGCGCUCCUGCACUGCUCAUCAAAGCCGCUUAUCCCUACCUGCCCACCGACCGCUCAGGUCGUAUUGUGAAUAUCAGUAGUGCAACGACGACAUGGGGCCUCAUCCAACAGACCUCCUACGCCGGCACAAAAGGUGCCAUCGAAGCCAUGACGCGCGUCUGGGCGCGCGAGCUCGCCGAACGCGCAACCGUGAACUCCGUCUCCCCCGGCCCCAUGGACACUGGAUUACUGAAUGGGCUGCCGGAGGCGCCAAGGGAGGCACUGAAGCUGUAUAAUGCGCUGAUUCCGCUGGCGAGAGAACGUCCGGGCGUGGAUACGGAGGAUAUGCUGAGACUGGCGGGGGAGAUUGGGGGCAGGCCGGGGACGCUGGAGGAGGUGGCGGGGAUUGUGGGAAUUGCGUGUUUGCCGGAGAGCGGGUGGAUGACGGGGAAUCAGCUGGGGGCUGGUGGGGGUGGUGCUUUUGUCAGGUAA